AUGGCGGACAGCGGCAGCGGGGAGGUGGCUCCGGCCGCGCAGUCUCAGGGCUCGCCCGGCGCCCCCGGGCGGUGGGAGCGGCUGAGGCGGCGGGGGGCCGGGCUGGCCGCAGUGCCCUGGGCUCGGGCGCUGGGGCUGCUGGCGGCGCUCGGGCUCCUCUACUGGCUGCGGGUCCCGCUUCGGCUCCGGGACAACCUGGCGGCCGUGACUGUGUUUUUAAGCACUUUGACUCCAAAAUUCUACGUUGCACUUACAGGGACUUCAUCUCUUAUAUCUGGACUGAUAUUUAUAUUCGAAUGGUGGUACUUCCAAAAAUAUGGCACCUCUUUCAUUGAGCAGGUGUCUGUGAGCCAUUUGAGGCCACUCAUUGGAGGAGUAGAGAAUAGUACUCCGGUGCCAGGUUUUUCAGCCAACAACGGAGAAAAUGAGACUAACAGGCAGAGUUUGUCAGAGUGCAAAGUAUGGAGAAACCCUCUUAAUCUUUUCAGAGGAGCAGAAUAUAGCAGGUACACGUGGGUGACUGGGAAGGAACCGCUUACAUACUACGACAUGAAUUUGUCUGCUCAGGAUCAUCAGACUUUUUUCACGUGUGACACAGACUCUCUUCGGCCUUCAGAUACAGUUAUGCAGAAGGCAUGGAGAGAGAGAAACCCUCAAGCCCGAAUCAAAGCAGCAUAUCAAGCUUUAGAAUUAGAUAAUGAUUGUGCCACUGCAUAUGUUCUCCUAGCUGAGGAAGAAGCAACAACUAUUAUACAUGCUGAGAAGUAUUUUAAGCAGGCACUAAAAGCAGGCGAAACCGUUUACAGAAAAUCUCAGCACUGCCAUCCCCAAAACUCUCAACAUGAAGCACAGCUUAGAAGAGACACCAAUGUAUUGGUUUACGUGAAAAGGAGACUAGCCAUGUGUGCAAGAAAACUUGGAAGAAUAAAAGAAGCAGUAAAAAUGAUGAGAGAUUUAAUGAAAGAGUUUCCACUUCUUAGUAUGUUGAAUAUUCACGAAAACCUUCUGGAGGCGCUGCUGGAAUUACAGGCGUAUGCUGAUGUCCAGGCAGUUUUAGCGAAGUAUGAUGAUAUCAGUCUUCCAAAAUCAGCAGCAAUAUGUUACACAGCAGCACUGUUGAAGGCCAGAGCUGUUUCAGACAGGUUCUCUCCAGAAGCAGCCUCCAGAAGAGGGCUCAGCACAGCAGAAAUUAAUGCUGUGGAAGCAAUUCACAGAGCUGUGGAAUUUAACCCUCAUGUCCCAAAGUACUUACUAGAAAUGAAAAGCUUAAUUCUACCUCCAGAGCAUAUUCUGAAACGAGGGGACAGCGAGGCAGUAGCAUAUGCUUUCUUCCAUCUUCAGCACUGGAAGCGGAUAGAAGGGGCCCUUAACCUACUGCACUGUACAUGGGAGGGCACAUUUAGAAUGAUCCCGUAUCCGUUAGAGAAAGGCCAUCUUUUCUAUCCCUAUCCCAGUUGCACAGAGACAGCAGACAGAGAGCUCUUGCCAACGUUUCACGAUGUCUCCGUUUACCCACAGAAGGAGCUUCCUUUCUUCAUUCACUUCACGGCAGGGUUAUGUUCCUUUUCAGCAAUGCUUGCCGUUCUCACACAUCAAUUCCCUGAACUCAUGGUCAUUUUUGCUAAAGCUAUUGCCUGGGUACCGCGGCUGCACUGCUGGGUCCAGGGAGCUGUGCCUGUUGCCAGGGAAACUGAUGGCAGUGCAGGGCUGUUUGACCUGGUGGACAGAACCGUCACACAGAAGACCGGUGCAGAAGCUGAAUAGCAGCAACUUGGGCUUCUCUGCACUUCGCCCCCAAGCCCAUGCAGUGUAGUUGCAGUGACCCAAAAGCCUGCAGUUACAGCGCGUGCAUGCCCUGCGUGGCUGCGUGCUGGAGCAGUGUGUCCAAGAAAGGCCUAGCUGGAGCAGUGUGUCCAAGAAAGGCCUAGGGUUCAGACAGGAGUUUCCAGUCACAUACAUCCAGAACUGGGGCAGGUGAAAUUCUGGAGAAGCCCAUGCAAUGCAAAUCUCUAUCCCAGCAGAAUUUCUGCCCCUUGCUCACUUCUAGUGCUGGCUGCUGCUCAGGGAACAUGCUGAUAACUUGGAGGGCAGGUGUGGGCAGCAGCAGCUGCCUGGUAAUACUGGGGGAUGAUUCCCUGAUAUUCCUGGGCCCUCAAUGCACCUUCUUUCCUACCGUUUGAGUAUAUGUGGUCAGAGUAUAACCAAAUCAAACCCACACUGCUUAGAGCUGGGCCUGGUGCUGUGAAGGGCCAUGGUGAUGGAAGGGUGGCAGAACUUGGGGACGUUUGACAGGAGUUUCCCGAGGCCAGUAAAGCGAAUUCCAGUGGGCUGGCUUCCCCUCUGGCUGUUGGGGCUCCGUGCUAGUAUAUUAGGCUGAAAAUCCCAGAGGAGAAGUACCCACCAGCCCCUCGCUUGGUGCUGAGUGACACACAGCAAUAAGCAGGCUUACAAAUGGCUGGGGUGUUCCCAGAGCUGGGCUGCCUGCGUGGGGCUCUUCUGACUCCUUGCCAGCAGCAGCCUGACAACUGCCAUUCACCAUUUUUUCACACCUGGACGUUUGUGCGCUUGGAUGGCUACAGGAUUCACAUCAGACUGAGCCUCCCCUGCCCUGUUGCCUGAGUCACCUCUGAUUUCCCAGGUGUACAGCACAGAGCCAGCCCCCUUCAUGUCCUUCCUGCUACCUACUGCAGCUCCCAUAAUCCCUUACUUCUCAGACUGCCCAAGUGGCAACUGUCUGCAAGCUGCACUUUCACAGUCACAGACUUUGCUGGUUGGGAAGAUCCUGUUUGACUUUUUAUUUUAAUUUCUUUCUUGUCAUGGGAAAUUCCACAGUAAACCCCCUCAAGGGCUGUUUUGCAACUCACUGGUUUGUGGGGCCUUUGAGGGCGAAGAGAAGGGAAUAAAUAUGGCUCUGAAACCUGGACCCUUCCCACAAAGCAAUGGAACAGCAGAAAACGCACAGCAUAUGCUGGAGGUUACCCUACAUUCUGCCUUGUUGGUGCAGCCCCAGCCUUGGUCCCAGCUGCAGGAGUUCAAAUCUUGCUCUUUGCUAGGCAGCCCUCUACAUGUGCAAGCUAAAGGCCAAGCAGUAACUGCAGUGUGGCAGUAGGCGUGUCAGUCCCAGAGUAUGAGAGAGACAAGGUGGGGGAGGUAAUAUCUUUUAUUGGACCAGCUUCUGCUGAGGAGUCAGUUCUGGGCUAAAGAAGAGCUCUCUGUGGCUCAAAAGUUUGUCUCUCAACAGAAGUUGGUCCAAUAAAAGACAACACCGCACCCACCUGGUCUCUCUAAGUGGUAACCAGGUGUGAUAGGCCUGUGCUGCCUAAAUUCAACAACUGGUCUGAGACUGAAUAGUCCAAAGGGUGGGUUGCUCUUUAAUAUGGGUUGUGGGAGGCCUCCUGUGGGUUAGUGGGAGGCUGCAGGCCUGACAAAGGGGUGGGAGAUGUGUUGCUAGAUUGCCCGCCACAGCGGCCAUGCAGACAGCUGUUGGGGCAGGCUCUUACCUGCCGACUUGUCCAUCACACAGUAAUCAGGAGAGUUCUCAAAGUACACCAGGUCUGUUUUGGUGGGUUUCCUGAAGUUCUUGUUGGCCACGGUGAAGCCGGUGCCAUCCUGGUUCAUUGUCACCUGGAUGGCCCCAUUGUAUUUCUUCCUAAGGUAAUCCCCAGUUUUCCGAAAAUCUGACAUUGCCAACCAACAAGUCCUUAGGGUGCAGGAGCCGCUGACUCCAUGGCAUUUGCACUCCAGCUUCAGGAAUCGCUUUACAGCCUAUAAGAGAAAAGAGGACAUGAGGAAAAGGUAGGACUGAACCAGCCUGUUGCACUCACGUCGCUUAGAUCCCAGCCAUGGACGUUCAGCCUCCUGGAGUUGCUCACUGUUUCAUGCCCAUGUAGGAUGAUGAUAGUUUAUGGGAAGAGGCACGGAGUUCUGUGAGCUACCUUCUCAGAAGAGCCAAAGGGAGGCUUUGGAAAAUCAUGAAAGACUGGCUUUUGUGAAGCCCCCUGAUCACCCCAGGCAGCUGAGCAGCAGGGAUUGAAGGCAGAAGGCCUCUGUCAUGCCACAAACCUCUCUCCCCUUGCAACAGCUCUGACACCAAAAGGCCACAGGCAUGAUUUAUGCAUAGGACACAUCUCAGGCCAUGUCUACACAGUGCAGUUUUCAGCAACACAGCUAUGUCGCUACAGCCGUGCCGCUAAAAGGUGCACAGUGUAGCUGCUGUUUGUGGUGACAAAAAAUUUCCACCCCCAACAAGCGGUGUUAGUGUGUUUGCACUGGCGCUUGUCGUCGGCAAAACUUUUGUCUUUUGGGUGUGUGGGUUUUUUUAACACCUCUGAACGACAAAAGUUUUGUCAUUCAUUUGCCAGUGUAGACAAAGCUUCAGCUGAAAGCAGGUCUGUGUUAUUGCUAGUUGUCUUCCCCUGUGGCCGUUUAUCCUAGAAUGGGUGCGGGAGGAGUGAUAAGACUGAUUGAGAGAAGGGAGCUUUCAGCAUCAGGCCAUUUAUAAAAUUGAGCUCGUGGGCUGGGGACAGGUCAGGGGUUAGCUCUCUCCAUAAGGGGACACAGACACACAGAGCCGGUGCAACCCAUUAGGUGACCUAGGCAGUUGCCUAGGGCGUGAAUAUUUGGGGGGUGGCAACCACGGCGGCCGGAUGUUCGGCCGACACGGUCGUCGAUGGUAUUUCAGGGGCAGGACCUUCCGCCACCUCCAUCAGGGAUGACAUUUUCGGGGCAGGACAUUUUGCCGCCUAGGGCACCAAAAAAGCUGCCAGCGCUCCUGCAGACACAGGCCAGACUUCAGGGCUAAUGGGGUGUGACAGAUGUUCACCACUUUUAUAAGACUAUGAUAAAUUUUGUACGAAGUAUGUCUCAUGAGGUAUCAUUUGAAACGUUGUAAUCUGCUGAACAUUAUUAUCCUGGUAAAAUGGGUGUCUCAACCUUGUAUGUAAAGUUACAAGUUUCUACUGUAUCAUGUUGCUGUAACAUGUUCCAAAGUUAGGCCUAAACCAGUUCUUCAGAGACACUGGCACACCCAGACAGGUAUCAACACAGUCACCCGGGUUAUCAUUUAGUUAAGUGACCAUUCUCCAGCAAUGGGAAGAUGUGAAAGAGAAAUCUACAUUUCAUCACAGGGACUGUUCAACGCUCACAUCCACAAGACACUACGUGUCACCUGCACCCAGCUGGGGGUAAUCCUCAGAGAGGGGAGUGGUGUAAGAGUGAGAGACAGUGGCCUCAAAUCACCUCUUUCUCCCCCAUCACUACUCAUGGCAGCUGCAAUGCUCGAAAGACAAAGAAAGCAUCAUUGAACUGGGACAGCAGUGGUCCUGGCUGGCUUUUCAGCCAGUACAGACUGCUGUGAAUGUAUUGCAAGACAAAACCUUUUGCUUUUCAGUUCACUUAGCUUGUUAAGUUAGUUAUUAGCUGGCGUUUCACUCAUUUCUUUUGUAACCAAUCCUGACUUUGAUGCACCACCACUUGUAAUCACUUAUAAUCUAUCUUUCUGUAGUUAAUAAACUUAUUUUAUUGUUUAAUCUUAA